AUGUUCGGCGCUGGAGUUGGGAGCAAGCCUUUCCCUGGAUCGCCUGUUGAACGCGAUGCGCCGAUGCUUGGGCAACUUCUGGAGAAGAAUCUGUUGAAGAAGAAGCAGGAUGACCCUUCAGGUUUGAUGGAUGCACUUUCCACGUUUCCACCUUUGCGCGCUGCUGCAAGACUAUUUGGACGUUCCUCCGCUGCGCCUUGUCAACUGCCUACCCCAGUAUCAUCACCUUUGACGUAUCCCGCGGCGGACCACUCCUACAUGUUCCCUCCCCACUCACACGCGCCAGCUUUUCAGCCGCAACCAAUACCAGCGUCGUCAAUGUCUUCAAAUUCGAUAUCGACGUACCCGUCUUUCUCCUCACGGCCGCCCAGUGCACUGUCCUCACAUGCAUAUACCGCCUCGCGUCCUGCGAGCGCGAUGAACCAUGCUGCGGGAGUUUCUUCACAACUAGACUCUAUUUCGCCCCAUACCCAAUGA